AUGCGGCCCUCAUAUGUGCCAAAAAUAAUCUAUUUGUUGUCGGACGGACGAACUCACGAUUAUCCCAAGGACACUGAAAUGGCCGACCUGUUGAGGCAACAAAUCGACAAUUCGGACAUCUACGCCUACGGGACCGGCGAAUACGUAGCCAUCAGUGAACUGACUGCUAUCACUAAGGUAACAACACGGUGCUCGUCCAGUUUAUUCAGUUCAAAAAGUUUGAGAGAUUGA